UGGAGCGAUCCUUCUCCGCGCGCGUUCGACAGUGUCGUCUGCUUCUCCGACGGGAGCUGGCGCGCAGAGAGAGCCCGCGUGUCGCCACGAAUGGUUGGUUGGUUCGUCCGCGAUAUGCGACGUUUUGCUCGCCGUCUUCGAUCCGUCAAGUUUCGCUGCUAGCCGGGAUAAUACGCAGUGACAUGUGGAAAGGGUGUGUGUACAGCAAGCCGGCUUGAAUGACACAUGUAAGAGGAGCGAUACCGCGUUGUUUGGCCUCGACUUCCGGGAGCAGUGUCGUCUGCUAUCGCUGCGUGUGCUGGCUUCACUCGGCCCGCUACUGUGCAUGUUCGCCUGCUCGAGAGAGAGCCCGUGUGUGCGUGUGUGAAAACGGUGAUGACGGUGCAGUGACCGGCAUCUCGGAUGACACUGAACAGCUCGGCUAAAUCGGAAGGUUCUUUCGACGACGGUUCGUACGCCUUCCACCGCUGGAUUAGAUUGCGCGUGCACGACUGACUGGUAGUGUGGAUGCGAGAAAGCACAGUCAUUACCGUCAUCUAAGCACAUGACUAUUCCGAACAGACAUUGAUUCAAAAGUGCCCGAAAAGUUGUUUGAAAGUCACUGUCCUCUCUCCCUCUUUCGAGGCGUGUCAACUGUCUUGAGGAUCGCCGAUGAGGCGAAACAUUUGUCCUUUGGUAGUUCUCGUUGAAGACCUUUCGAGAUUUCCGCAAGAGUAGAAGGACUGCGUAAAACUUGCGGAUAACGUAAUCCCAACACCUUGGGUGAACUGUUUUCCAGCAUUUUAUUGAUGCUCAUACCACGUGAAAACAACAACCCGACUGCAUCUCAACUACGGACAAGAUAUUACGCUUCCAAGACGAAGUCUUGAACAAGGAAGUAAUCGGCAUCAAAACCAUCUGAUAAUCAAGUCGGCCGAUGCCAAGAUCCUCACCAGGAAGUUAAACAAAUUGUGUAUCGAAUUUCCCUUCCUGUUUUAAACGCUCCGGCUUGUUUCCAGAAUGAGCACGGUCUGUUGUGACCCGGUCUUCUUGGAGUCAUCCGCUUAACCGAACCCCUCGGGAGACCUGGAGGACUGGACGCGCAGGUCCACCGGCCCCAAGGUGUCUUCGCGCGGCGGCGGCUUUUGCUGCGUCCAGAACAUUGCUACCGACGACGAAGGCGAAGACCUGGCUUCUGCGGUGACGGCGACGGCUGCGGUUCGCAGUCAGGCGUCCAGAACCAAAAUGGCGCGCUUCCACGAGCUCAAGAGGCAGGCCUCUGCGUCCACGUCGUCGCAGACGUCGUCGCCUGAGCUCCGCAAGCGCGAGGCGUCCCCGCCGCUCUGCACAGUGACGCUCAAAGGUCGCACCGUGGUAAAGAAGUCUUCACCCGACUCUAAGGUGACUGUUUACGUGGAAAAGCGAGAAUUCUGCGACCUGGGAACGUGCACGGAACCCGUGGAGGGCGUGGUUGUGCUCGACCGAAGCCAGCUGCAGCCCAGCGAGCGGCUCUACGUGGCCCUGGUGGGCAGGUUCCGCUACGGCCGCGAGGAGGACGAGAUCCUAGGCAUGUCCCUGUGCCGGGAGAUCUACCUGGGUCACACGCAGCUCUGCCCCGACGCCCUCGAGGUCCCCGGGGACGCACCGGGCCCCUCCCGGUCCCCGGGACGCCCCCUCUACUCGAUGCAGCUGGGAAACGUCCACCGCAGGCUGCUCGAGGCCUUGGGAGACGCUGCCGUGCCUUUCCGCUUCGAGUUUCCGCGGGACGCCCCGGUGUCGACGGUGAUGCAGAGGCUGACCCCUGGCUCCGGCGACACGUGCGGGGUACGCUACCUCAUUCGCUGCUACACGGUGCUCGAAGAAGACGACCGGCCGCCGGCCAGGAGCUGCGUGAACAUGCCCAUCCGGAAGGCGCAGUUCGCCUGCACCCCGAGGUCGCUGCCUUCGAGUCCCCGGGCCUCGUCCGUGUGCAAGGACUUCCCGCUCAACGCCGGGAAGUUGGUCGUCGACGCGAGCCUCCCCAAAGAGCUCUACCUGCACGGAGAGGAGAUCGUUGUGAAGGUGGUCAUCCAGAACCUCUCCCAGAAGACAGUGAAGCACGUCAAGGCGUCGGUUCUGCAAGUGGCAGACAUAUGCAUGUUCUCCACUGGACGGUGGAAAGUUUGCGUUGCUACUGCGAACAACAGCAAGGACGACAGCCCUAUCGCUCCGGGCACGACGGUGGAACGAGAGAUCUCGAUCCUGCCUUCCCUGGAGGACAACCAGCACAAGUACGGCGUCUUCGUGCAGAGCUACAGGGGAGACGACGUUGACUGCCUCGCUUCUUCCACCAUCAUAUCGGACCAUGCCAAGAAGAACCUGUUCGGCAUCGUCGUGUCCUACGAGGUCAAGGUGAAGAUCGGCCUCGGGACGUUGAGUUCUCUCUCGGGCAGGGGAGAGAUCGCCUGCUUCGUUCCUUUCCUGUUGAUGCACGCCGGUCCCGCCGAGGUUCCCAAACCGGACAGCUUUGAAGAGAACGAGAUCCUGACGGUGCACCGCCCGAUGACCCCGCCGCCCUCGACGUCGGGCAUCCCGCUGCCCAACGGUCUCGAAGCGGCCAUCGCAGAGUCUGCCAACGCCGGCACGGCCAUCGUGGGUCCCUACGAGUCGAGUCCGCCCGCCUCUAUCGACUUCCUCGACGAAAGCCCGACCGAAGGAUCGCCGGUCGCCUUGUCUCAAGACCUCCCAGAACCGGAAGUAAUCCAGAAACUCUCGGAUAUCAACAUCCGCGGAGUGCCGCCACUCAUUGACUGAGUGGGCUUCCCCUACAAGGCUUCUCCGUGCGCAAAACGCGCCCCAGUGAAACCCAUCCUUACUGAUUGAUUUUUUUUUUUUCAAGAACGAUUCACGAAGAUGUUUCAUGUCACGUGGCUUGAAACGCCUCUUCCCUCCCAGAAGUCUUCGUGCGGAUGAACCCGAUGUUAUCUGGCAGGGUUUUUGUCGGGGGAUAUUCGUGUAUCCCUCGAUGUGCAGAGCUUGCUGGUAGACGGAACAUUCCAGCCCCUGAACUUACAUCGAUGAGUCGUACUAUUUUGGUUCCGACCCGGUUUGUAAGACCACCUGUGGUCGGUAAAACGGUCGUAACGUGAGGCCGUGGGUCCCAGGACACUUUGAUGGUCCAAAGGUUAUGAGGGGAGCUUCAGUUAGUCGUCUACUAGUCUUGGUGCUAACCGUUGAAAGAAAGAACAGUGGCCUCAUGUUUUACUGCUUUCAACUGCUGCUUUUUGCGCUUACGCGUGUAGCUUUUGUGCGUGUGCUCGCUGUUUUUGUUUUUUUCUUGUGCUUGAAUUUAGCGAGCUAAUUUAAAAGCCGGCGACCAUUAUUAGCCAAUGCCACAAAAAUAUAGCGGCAUGAAUAGCAUUUUUUUUCUUCAAUCACAUGAGAUGUUUUGUAGGCAACUUACGUUCCUAAUGAGACAUUUCAACUCCACACCGGAAACAGAAAGCUUAACACGUAUGAAUCGGGGGCCUUUCUAUAGAUUUUCGUUGUUUGGCGUCUAGAGAUGUUCGCGGACAAUCUUUCCGUUCUGUGCUAGCUCGAACGUGAUACAAGACGGCCUCGGCCCUUGGGCCGUUACCUUCUCUCCCCACGCGUGUACAUACCAUAUAAUCCCACAUAUAAAUACAGCGGACUUAUCUAUAUUUGAUACAAGUAGACAGAGCAUCAUGGACACGUGUUGUCGUAAUAUGUGAUGUAGCCGAGAGCAAAGGUUUGCCCCUUCGCUCGUGCCGCUGUGUGCUCUGUUUUGCGCUUGCCCUACAGCGGAUUGUUUCCAAAACUCUGCCGCGUAACCUCGACCCUCGUCGGAAUUGCCUCAAAAUCGCAGCUCGUCCAAUAAUUUUAUUAUAAGCCGCUAACGUUGAGAGAGCCUCAGGAACAAACGUAGAAGGGUUAGCAGAACACGAGAAAAUGCACGCUGCCGUCAUCACAGGUGCACGGAUUAGCAGUUACGUAUAUUGGCAUCAUAGAUGAGCUCAGAAUCUUCAAAUAAGGUACGGUCCAGACAACCUUUCUAGAACCAACUCAGAAGGAAAACUGCAAUAGGAGCUUGCUUGAAAAAAGUGGCUCCGAUCCGUACUCGAGAAACGAACUAGGCGCGAUCGAAAUACCGCCAUCUUCACCGGAGCAGCCACCCCGGAAACUGCGCGGCUGCACGUACCAGUCCAUUCGAGUCGCGCAAGGGCCGGUGGCGCCACCUCACAACACCAUCUCGAAGUAGCUGUAUCAAACAACUUUCGUGUUUUGACUCGCCGCUACAUGGCGGCGCUGAAGUCGCAUCCAGUUUAGGGUGCCUCGAUGUUACUGCUGCGUCCAGGGUGGACCCCCGUGGCAGGACCAAAUCGGGCCCUACUUCUUUAUAAUGUGUGGACGUAAUUCGUGGGUGAAAAAGUUGUAUUUUAGCUUAAUUUUAACUAGGGGUGUCGCGAACCGGCCGAGGUUCAAGUUCGACCAGGUUCGACUUUUUCGAACUUUUAGUGGAAAUCGACGAACCUUGUAUUGAGGUUCGACUCGUGUGCGCAUGCGCGACAGGCUGGCCAGUUGGCUUCGGAUUGGAUGGUGAUGGCUAAGGGAAGAAUGAAGGGCAGCGCUGACUGGUUAUUUCAGUUAAUACAGUUCAAAAAGAAAUUAAGUUAUUAACUUCUUCAGUGAUUAGAAUUGGUUU